UAAUUUUCUCCCAUUACCUAGGACAAUGACCUAAUAAGAUGGUUAAUCAUCAUUGGACUGAUAAGAGAAAGCUAACUUAAAGAGAGACUUGAACAACAAAUGAAGGGAUGGCCUUGUUGCUGUUACCAUAGGAUUCUAAGUCCAGGUGAUCAUUUCAAACCAACCAAACAUCAACAGUUGAAAACAUCCACAUAUCUGUAGUUCAGUGAUGGACCCAAAUCAACAUUUCAAUAAGUCAGAAGAGGAACAACCUUCAAGGAAAAGGAGAAAAAGAUGCUGUGAUGGAUUCAAGAUGUUCUUGGCAGCCCUGUCCCUUAGCUUUAUUUGUAAGUCCCUAGGUGGAAUCGUUAUGAAAAGUUCCAUCAUUCAGAUAGAAAGGAGAUUUGACAUACCAUCUUCUGUUGCUGGCUUAAUUGAUGGAAGCUUUGAAAUUGGAAAUUUAUUUGUGAUUGUGUUUGUGAGUUACUUUGGAUCCAAACUACACAGACCAAAGAUCAUUGGCCUUGGUUGUCUGAUUAUGGGAACUGGAAGUAUUUUGACCGCUUUACCACAUUUCUUCAUGGGCUAUUACAGGUUUUCUAAAGAAAGUUUUAUGGAUCCAUCAGAGAAUUCAAUAUCAAGCUUAACCACUUGUUCAAUUAAUCAAAACUUGUUACUCAAUACAACAUCUGACAUAGAAGAAAAAAGUUGUGAAAAGGAAUCUGGGUCAUAUAUGUGGAUAUAUAUCCUAAUGGGUAACAUGCUCCGUGGAAUUGGGGAAACCCCCAUAGCACCUUUGGGGAUUUCUUAUAUUGAUGAUUUUGCUGAAGAAGGACAGUCUUCUUUUUAUAUGGGUUCUUUGCAUGCAAUAGCAAUGAUUGGUCCAGUCAUUGGCUUUAUACUGGGAUCUCUGUCUGCUAAAUUGUAUGUGGAUAUUGGAUACGUUGAUCUAAGCAGUAUCCGAAUAACUCCUAAGGACUCCCGUUGGGUUGGUGCUUGGUGGAUAAGUUUCCUUGUGGCUGGACUAUUGUCCAUUAUGUCUUCUACGCCAUUCUUUUUCCUGCCAAAAAGUCAGGGUAAAACACAGAAAGAAAGGAAAGUUUCAGUAUCUAUGCAUGCACUCAAAACAAAUAAGGAAAAAAGUCAAGUGGCUAAUUUGACCAACCGGCGACAAAAUGUUACUGAACAUCUAACUGGUUUUCUACAGUCCAUAAAAAGUAUCCUUACCAAUCCCCUAUAUGUUAUAUUUGUGUUUUCAAUGUUGCUACAAGUCAGCACCUUCAUUGGUGGCUUUACUUAUAUCUUCAAAUACAUAGAACAACAGUAUGGUCGCUCAGCAUCUGAGGCUAACAUUUUGUUGGGAAUCAUAACCAUACCAACUAUUGCAGCUGGACUGUUUAUAGGAGGAUACAUCAUUAGAAAAUUCAAACUUAGCUUGCUUGGAAUUGCCAAAUUUUCAUUACUUGCCAAUGUGUUGGGCUUCUUGUUUAACCUAUUAAAUUUUGCACUUAUCUGCGAAAACAAAUCAGUUGCUGGCCUAACCUUGACCUAUGAUGGAAAUAAUCCAGUGGCGUCUCAUGUAAAUGUACCACUUUCUUAUUGCAACUCAGACUGUAAUUGUGAUGAAACUCAAUGGGAACCCAUCUGUGGGGACAAUGGAAUAACUUAUGUAUCACCUUGUCUAGCAGGAUGCAAAUCUUCAAAUGUCAGUAAAAAGCCUAUAGUGUUUUAUAACUGUAGUUGUGUGGAAGCAACCAGUUUCCAAAACACAAGUAACUCAGCAAAUUUGGGUGAAUGUCCAAGGGAUGAUCAGUGUGCAAGAAAAUUUUAUAUUUAUUUAGUGGUACAAAUCUUGUCUCUUUUUUCCUCUUCAUUGGGAGGUACCUCAAAUAUCAUGCUGGUUUUUAAAAAUGUUCAACCUGAGCUAAAAUCACUUGCGGUGGGUUUCCAUUCACUAACUAUACGAGCACUAGGAGGAAUUCUGGCUCCUAUAUAUUUUGGAGCUCUGAUUGAUAGAGCAUGUAUAAAGUGGUCCAUCACCAGCUCUGGGAAGCAAGGGUCGUGUAGGAUAUAUAAUUCCACAUUAUAUGGAUUUACCUUCCUGGGCUUAUCUGUGGGUUUAAAAGCCUCAGCAGUUAUUUUAUAUAUUAUAUUUAUUUAUGUUAUGAAGAAAAAGUAUCAAGGAAAAGAAAACAAGACAUCAGAAAAUGGAAAAAAGACCAUGAAAGAAACAAACUUAGAAUCCACAAAUAAGGAUGAAUGUUUUUUACCCUCUGUCAAAGAAGAUAAGGAAACGUAUAUUUAAGGGGAGGAAAAAAUACUCUCUGUUGCCCUAUUUCCAACCAGCAUUGUAUUAAUUCAGCAGAAUUAUUUUUGAGCAGUUCCUGGUCUUUUCACUGACAAUUCUUGUACUCUUUACUUAUGAUGGAGCAAUGAAUUCACCUAUGACUUUAUAGUAAUGAGACAAACUAUAAAUGAAAAGAAAUGGAAGUACCACUCAUUAUUAGAGUCUGGCUAUGUGGUUGUGGUGAAGAUUAAAUAUAUGAACCAUACAAACAUAAAAUGAGAGGUGUGGUUAGUCUGUAAAAGAAGAAAAAGUAUUUGCCUAGGUAAUUGUAACUCAGUAAACCAGUGUCUAGAAAAUAAAUAGAGAUGAAAAAGAAGGAGACAAAUGAAUAGCCUGAAUAAGGAGAAAAACCUAAUACAUUUUGUUUUAACCAGUUGGAACCAUGUUGCCGCAUGCCUGAAAUCUGUGAUUUGCACCAUCCUGACAUCAGUCAUUCCUGUAUUAAGUUGAAUAUUUCACAGAUCUUAUUAACUUAUCAUUUGAAAUUGUUUUUCAAUAGCAACCCCUGAUGUAUCUUUUUCCAACCUCCCAUUAAAAUACUGCCAAAGACAUAGAGAUAAUUGAAAAUUUUGCAAGCUAUGGUUGUCAGACAACAUACUACAAAAUUUGUUAAGUGCCUUACAGAUCCAUGGAAAUGGAUUAAGAAAAACUUGAGAGAUGUUAACUUGAGAAAGAAAACUUGAGAGAUGUUAACUUGAGAAAGAAAAGCCCUUUUGAAAUACGUGUCUGUUUGCUCUCUGGAGGAAGCAGAGUCCAACUAGAUCAUUCACCAGCUUUAUCUCAAUUGCGUGGUUUUAUUCUGUGUUCGUGUAUUUGUUUUUGGAAUACAGAGACAGCUCUCACAACCACACGAGUAGGGCAAGAAGAGUGAAUAAGAACAAAUGUUUAAGUAUUGUAUUUGCUAGUGACAGCAACUUUAGUAUAAUGAAUGCUAGAAAUUGGAGUUUUUAUUCUCAAUAGGUUAGAAGAAAAUAUUUUGCAUCAGUGUCACCUGUGAAAUACUUUUUAAAAAAGAAAUCAAUCAUGCUUCCAUACCAGAGAUUCUGACAAAACAUUUUUGAGGCAGCCUGUAUAUCUCCUUUUGAAAAAAAUCCGUAUGGAACCCUUGAUAAAGAGCUACAGAAAAACAAGCUGCAGGAUAGAAGAUUUUCCUGAGUACAGCAAAGUCACCCAAUGUGAAUGCUUGCUAGAAUCUGGAAACUGGCCUGGAAGUUAAACAUAUUAACAUAUUCUCAGUCUGUAGAUCUGAGAAAGAUUCAUUAAUCACACAAACAGAAAUUUGGAAAAAAUACACACAUGCUAGAUUACUACAUAAUAAGUGUUAUUGGAUCCUUUCUCAUUAAAAAAAAGAAAAUCAUGGAGCUAUUCAUUGAAACACUACAAAAAAAAUGAAGGCAAUAUCUUGAAUACUUAUUUAUUCACCAAUUAUUGAGCAUCAAGUAUCUUUCAGGCAAAUUAAACAGAAUAGUAAACAAAAACAAGGACACUGCCUCAUGGAACUUUAUACUUUAAAGGGAAGAACAAUAACGAAAUUAAAUUAUAAAAUGUUAUAAAAUCAUAAAAAUUAAAAGAAUAAAUUUGUGUUUUUAAAUGUAAUAUGUUCAGUGAAGGAAAGGAACAUUAUAGCAUCUACCUCAUUUUAUACGAUCUACUUCAGAGUGCAAGAAUCCAGAAUAAAUAUUAAUCCUGAAUUCAAUGCCAUUUAUUAAACAGGAACAAAAAUCCUAGAGAAGAAAGGGGAAAAAUUACAUAGUGAUAACAAUAAGAUAAGGAAAGUUUGCAAGGUAACAAAAUAAUGCAGGAAUGUAAUUAAAAUAUGCAUUGGAUACGUUUAAAUGAAAACUGUGGCCAAAAAAAAAAACAAUGAGGAAGUUUCAUUUGAAAUCUGUGCAAAUGGAGAAGAAAAAGAUAAAGAAGAAAACUGUAAAAAAAA